UUCACACCCUCCCAGGCUCCCAGCGACGUCUACGUCCCGUUAUUCUCUCUCUCUCACCUCUUCGCGCAUCCAUGGCGAUCGGUAUCUUAGUACAAACCCUAGCCUCGGCCCUCGUAACCCUAGUUCUCUUCUUCCUCUCCGCGGCCGCGAUCUCGGCGAGGAGGAGGCGGAGGAGCGCGGCGGCGGCUGGGUUCUUCCACCCUUACACCAACGAUGGCGGCGGCGGCGAGCGCGUGCUGUGGUGCGCCGUCCGUGCCGUACAGGACGAGCGCCCGGAUCUGGAGUGCGCAGUGUUCACCGGCGACGACGCCUCGCCGGAGAGCCUCGCCGCACGGGCGGUCGACCGCUUCGGCGUGAAGCUGCUUCGCCCUCCCAAGGUAAUUCGCUUGUAUAGAAGGAAGUGGAUCGAGGAACGCACGUAUCCGCAUUUUACGAUGAUCGGACAAAGUCUUGGUUCAGUUUAUCUUGCAUGGGAGGCUCUGUGUAAAUUUACGCCCCAAUUUUACUUCGAUACAAGUGGUUAUGCCUUUACUUACCCUCUUGCUCGGUUGUUUGGUUGCAAAGUUAUAUGCUACACUCACUAUCCAACUAUCAGCUCAGAUAUGGUCGCGCGAGUUCGCCAGCGUAGUUCUAUGUAUAACAACAAUGCUUUGAUUGCCAAAAGUGUCUGGCUAUCGCGAUGCAAAAUCCUGUAUUAUACAUUGUUAAGUUGGUUGUAUGGAUUGGUUGGUUCUUGUGCACAUCUUGCGAUGGUAAACUCCUCAUGGACAAAGUCUCACAUUGAUAAGCUAUGGAAGAUUCCAGAACGUGCUAAAAGAGUGUACCCUCCCUGUGACACCUCUGCUCUUCAGAUGCUUCCACUGGAGAGACCGACAAAGCCUCCUAUUUUUAUAUCUGUUGCACAGUUUCGUCCAGAAAAGGCUCAUACUCUUCAGCUGGAGGCAUUUUCACUGGCUUUCCAAACCUUAGAACCAAAAUGUCAUAGACCAAAGCUCCAGUUUGUGGGUAGUUGUCGAAAUGAAGAGGAUUUAGAUAGAUUACAAAGGCUUAAAGAAAGAACUAGGGAACUAAAUAUGGACGAGUAUGUAGAAUUCCACAAAGAUGUCAUGUAUAGGGACUUAGUACAACUUCUAGGAGGAGCUGUUGCGGGUCUUCACUCCAUGGUUGACGAGCACUUUGGAAUAAGUGUCGUCGAGUACAUGGCAGCUGGAGCUAUUCCUAUUGCCCAUAAUUCAGCUGGACCGAGAAUGGACAUCAUUCUGGAAGAAGAUGGGCAUCAAACUGGAUUUCUCGCUUCUAGCAAAGAAGAAUACUGCGAUGCCAUCCUCAAAGUUUUGAGUAUGUCAGAGGAAGAGAGGCUACAAAUGGCGGCAGCAGCAAGAAAAUGCGCUCAGAGGUUCUCGGAGCAGAGGUUCUACGAAGAUUUUACAGCUGCGAUACGCCCAAUCUUUUCUAUUACCAGGAAAGAUCAUUCAUAGCACUACUCGAGUAGGAUUCUAUUUUUCUUUUCCGUAGAAUCAUGCAGGGAAGAAAAGGUCCCCAAUUUCAUAUCGAACCUUUCAACUCCAGCAUCGUGUUGGGAAUUCCGCAGGCUCCUAAUGUGAUGGAUUAUUGUCAAAUUAAAGUAAAGAAUAAAAAGUGAAGUAUAAGGACACUAGGAGCAUUGUUUACUUUCUCAUUUUUCAGAGUGAAUCAUGUACAUGAUAGAGCUUUUGAUAGAUGAUUAACUAAUGUUAUACUAAAGCUUUUCUUGAUUCUGGGAAGGAUAUUGAAGCUUUGCUAGAAAUAGAAAACGAGAUACGUAAUCUUUCGCCUAGUCGAGAGUGACGAUUUCCUUUUCAUUGUUUGUGCGGAUGUAAACUUGUGCUCUUUCAGUUUUAUGCGAAUCUUAGGCUUUCGAGAAUAGCAGUUGUUUCGCAGUGUGGCCUUUGGACUAACUGCAGCAACUACUAUGGCUUCACAGUUUCUUCA